CGAGUGCGUACUUGAACAACCCUCCACAUGAGCGGGAGCGAUACCAGUAUAACCAAGACAAGCUGAUGACCUUGCUGCGCUUCACCGACAAAGCUGGCACAGAUGUCGGAUCGGUGAACUGGUUUGCUGUCCAUUGCACAUCCAUGAACCGAACGAACACACUCAUCAGUGGUGAUAACAAGGGGGCUGCGUCGCGGAUGAUGGAGGACUGGUACAAUGGGGAAGGCAUCUAUGCGAACAGGAGUGCCACGAACAUCGGGAGAAGAACUGCUAGGAGUAGUUUGGGUGGUUUUCAUGGCAAGAGCUUCCAAGCCUCUAAUUUUCUCAAAGAUGACGAGCGCGAGAUCUCUUCCUUAUCGGUUCCUUCAUCGAUGGCCCGAAGUCAUCACACAAGGGCGAACUGUAGCCUUCAUCAUCGGGUCAGACGUCUGCAUCGGAGGAAGGGCACUGGAAUGGAGUCGUUCAUUGCGGCGUUUGCUCAAAGCAAUGUCGGCGAUGCAUCGCCGAAUGUUCUCGGUGCAUACUGCUUGGAUACGGGGGAACCCUGCGACUUCAACCACAGUACUUGCGGAGGUCGUAAUGAACUCUGCUAUGGAAGAGGACCUGCAUAUCCAGGUGACGAUUUUGCGAGCACGUGGAUAAUUGGAAAGCGGCAGUUUGAUCAGGCCAAGGUGCUUUUCGACAGUGCAACGGAGUUUCUGAACGGACCUGUGGAUUUCAGGCACUCCUUUGUGGAUUUCAGCUCUCUCGAUGUUGUUCCGUCCAUGGGGACGCACAAUGUCGUGAAGACAUGCAAGCCUGCAAUGGGGUUCAGUUUUGCAGCAGGAACAACAGAUGGUCCUGGGGCUUUCAACUUUAAGCAGGGAGAUGAGCAUGGGAAUAUCUUUUGGCGGAUUGUGGGAUCCUUUAUCGAACCACCUUCAGGGGAGCAGAUCAAAUGCCACAAACCAAAACCGAUUCUCAUUGACACAGGGGAGGCGAAUGUGCCAUACCCGUGGCAGCCAAAAAUUCUCCCAAUUCAGAUUCUGCGGAUUGGACAGUUCAUUAUUCUGGCAGUUCCUGGAGAGUUCACAACCAUGGCAGGCAGGCGCUUGAGGGAGUCAGUCAAACGGACUUUAAUUGAGAGAGGAAAAGGCCAAUUUGGCGAAGACACUCAUGUUGUGAUUGCGGGAUUGUCGAACACGUAUUCUUCCUACGUAACUACAUUUGAAGAGUACCAAGUUCAGCGAUAUGAGGGUGCAUCGACAAUCUUCGGCCCCCACACUCUCGACGCUUACCUACAGGAAUUCAAUCGUCUCGCUGCGGCGAUGGCGGAGGGCAAAGAUGUCCCACAAGGACCAGCUCCACCAGACCUCCUACCGAUGCAGCUGGGUUUCUUACCCCCAGUGGUCGCCGACGGAACCCCGCGUCACGUUAGGUUCGGUGACAUCCGUGUUGAUGUUGCGAAGGGCAGGACAUUCAGCACGGGUGACGUUGUCGAAGCAACCUUUUGGGCUGGGUGCUUGCGGAAUGACCGUAUGCCUGGCGGGACAUUCGCAUUGGUCGAACGAUUCGAUGAAUCGACGGGAAAGUGGGUAGCGAUGUACGACGACGACGAUUGGUGUGUGCGGUUGAUGUGGAAGAGGGAAAUGAGAUUGUCGCCAGAGAGCCAGGCCACUGUCCGCUGGGAUGUUCCUGAUUAUGCUCCAAGGGGCACGUACAGACUACGCCACUUUGGAGCGUACAGGCAUUUCUUUGGCCACAAGCGGCACUACACGGGGAUGUCGUCAUCUUUUACGGUAGUUUAAACUUCCUGGUUGACCUCAUUUGACCUUAUUCCCGGCCAGAUUCAUUGGCGGCGGUGGUGCAUCGGAAAAUGCAAGACGCCAUACCGUGCCUUCUUACCACUGCUCUCGGAUUCAGAGCAACGGGGCAGAUUCAAAUCGAGGAUCAGCUGUGACAUCAUAUUCAAUGAAUGAGAUGUGUGUGCUUGUUGCAUCUAUCGUCUAUGUUCGAGUGUAUAUGGAUAACUUUAGACGCGCGUACAUCUUAUAUAGGAAGGUGUUCACUAUAGGUAGGAGUGGCACCUCUACUACGUUCCGGUGUAUCGAUAGCUUUAGACGCAGGUAGUUCAUCUAUUGGAAGGUACCACUAUAGGCAGGACCUGGUGUGGUACACAGCUAUAAUUCCGGUACAUCUAUAGGAAGGUAUCACUGUAGACAGGUGUGGUACAGCUAUAAUUGUGGUGUUCUGGUGUAUCAAUAGCUCUAGAGUCAGGUACAUCUAUAGGAAGGAAGGUAUCAUCACACUAUAGGCAGGUCUGGUACAGCUAUUCUCAGGUGCCACUGUAGGCAGCUGUGCAUCUGGGAAGGAGUGUUGGAUCAAGCGGGAGAUGGACGGCAAAGGGAGCAGUAGAGGCACAGACUGAAGCAGGUCCACUCCACUCCUAAGGCAAUUAUAACUUAGGGUUACAUAAUACAUAUAUGAUAUAUAUAUAUAUAUAUAUAUCGUCAAUAUGUAUUUAAUUUUAUGGGGGUCUUGCUCCACUACUCUCGACUCUCGAAAGAUUUUGAGAGUAGUUUGAGAGUUGUCAGACCCUCAAAAAAAAAAAAAAAAAAAAAAAAAAAGAGAGAGAGAGUUGUCAGACCCUGGUAAUUCUCAAAAUUCCCUGCCGCGCGAACUACCAACUGUCGAAUUUCGAGCCGGCUACCCAACACUACUCUACUCGACCCGGCACCUAAACGCCUCGGAGUCCUUUGUACACCUGUACUGGAGGUGGACUCUUGAAUAAAUAAGAGGCUAUAAUGGGGUUAGAAAUAAACACCAUACUAGUACUACCACAGAAAACUUUAAGAGGGGUCUGAUGAUGCAGGUAGCGCACUCUUGACGGAUCGAGAGCUCUCCCUUCACGAAUGCGGUCUGAUGAUGAUCAGUCUCGAAGAGGAGGCUUUUCGGGAGUACCCUUCGCGGGUAAGUUGAGUGCGACCGGACUGAGCCUCGCGAUUUUAUUUUUCGUCAGUCGAGAGAGUGGAUUGAGGCCCUAUUUCGUUGUGAGCUCUGAAGCGAACUUGAAGUUCCAUUUGAGAGGGGGUGUACCUGGUCAGUGCUUACUCUGUGACAGUCGUACGUAAAUCCGAACGAUUUGAACAUCCACUAUAAUAAAAAAAGUAUGUUUCUCCAUAAUAAAUUAGAAAAAUUAUU